AAAAUGUUGAAAUUUAGCAUAAUUUAAAACAAUCCUGAAAGGCUUACCUAAAACACAAGAUCAAUAAAAACUGGUGAUUAUUUCCCCCUCCAAUUGCUAGUAUUCAUUCUUCUCGAAAAAUAACCUUCUCCAUAACCUGCCUUCAUUAAGCAAGGGCUUGACAGCAUGUGCAAUUUUUUGACGUGAUAGGUGUAUUUUUAAAUGCCAAUUUAAUGUAAUGUUCACUUAUCCACUUAACAUAACAAGUACUUAUGUUUCAACUUUGAGUGUUAUUUUCAACAUAGUGUUGUUUAUAUGAAAUCUACUUCAUAAUGGCUAUGCUUGCUGAAAGGAAGCAAAAAGUGAAAUGGUGCUUGAACCCCAGAGGAAAUGAUUGGGCUAAAGAUGAAAAUAAAUUUGGCCAAAGAAUGCUGGAAAAAAUGGGGUGGCAGCCUGGAAUGGGACUGGGAGCAAAAGGACAAGGAAGAACAGAUUUUGUUCGCCUUCAAAUGAAAAAUGAUACUAAAGGAUUAGGAAACAAAGAGAAAUAUGAUGAAGUAUGGACUCGUCAACAAGAAAACUUUGAUAGUCUUCUUGCACAGUUGAAUGGUGUUGAUAAAAAUGAUCAAGUUGAAGAUACUACUAAUAUUCCCUCUUUAGAGGAUAAAUCUAGAAUGUCUAAAGCACGUGUUCACUACCAUAAGUUUACACGUGGAAAGGACGUCAGCAAAUAUUCAUCAAAGGAUUUAAACUGCAUUAUUGGAAUUGGGAAAAAGUCCAAUAAUGAGAACAGUAAUUCUGCUGAGAACAGUAAUUCUGACCUGAUCACAGAGUCACCUAUCUCAAUGUAUGACUAUUUCCGUACUAAAAGUAAAAAGUUAAAGGAAAUGGAUAAUGUGGAAAAAAGUUUAACAAUACCAUCAGAUUCUGUUGUUGAUAGUGAAGUUUCAGAUGUAAUUAACUACAUGAAUGAGACAGAAAAUGUUGAUGACCAAUGUAAAAGUAUAAAGAAAACCAAAAAAAGGUCAAAAAGAAAAUCAUUUGAUGGUGAUGACCUAGAUGCAUCAAAAACUGAUAUCGUAGAAGAAAUUAUUAGUGACGAACAAGAUGCUUCGAAGAAUGAAUUGUUAGAAGAAAACAUUGUUCCUUCAAAAAAGAAAAAGAAGAGAAAAAGGAAAUCAAUUGAAAAUGAAGAGAUAGAUGGCAAUUCAUUUGAUAUUAUUCAAGAAGAAAUAGACAUUAAGCCACUUGAAGAAAAUAUUAACAAUGAAAUCGAAGAAAAGUCUUUAAAAAAGAAGAAAAAGAAGCGUCAUAAAAGUAAAGAAAACAGUCUAGAAGAUAACUAACUAUAUUUAUUUUCAAUAAAUUGUGAUAUUUUUUU